CUCACGGCGUCAUAUCAUAAGUCGAAUCCAUCUCGUGCCGUCUCAUUUUGUUAUACUUCAGUGUUGUUCUUUCGAAAGUCGAAAAGUACUUCCGAGCUCUUUCCUCUUCUCAAUGUCAACCCCGGUUCAACCCUCCACAACCGAUUUACCAUCCGAUCCGCUCCUCAGACCCGGAGCUUUCAUCGACGCCAACGCCCAAAACCAAUCGGCUGAGUCAUCAGAGACUCCUCCCAAUGGUUCGACUCCGAAUGGCGCUCAGUCCGAGACGCCGGUACAAGGCCUGGAUAUCUCGCCGUCCUCGGCGGAGUCUAAGGGAAAGCGGCGCUUGGUGCCUACGGAGACUUGGUUGCCAACUGGAUGGUUGAUCGAAGAUAGGGUUCGGAGCUCCGGUGCAACAGCUGGACUGGUCGAUAAGUAUUAUGUUGAUCCAUUCUCAGGCCGAAAAUUCAGAUCAAAGAAAGAAGUUCUGUACUAUCUAGAAACUGGAAUGCCCCCACCCAAAAAGAAGAAAGGAACAGAGACUUCUGGCAGUGAAGAUGCUGGUAGAGGGAACUCUGGGGGCAAAAAGCAGAAGAAACCUGAUAAAAAGUCGAAGCCUUUGAACUUUGAUUUCGUUAACAUGCCGCAGAAAGUUGAUUGGCUGUUGACGAAUGCCUCCGAAGACUUCUGGAUUCCCUUCUUUGGGGAUGGUCAAGUAGCUGAACCAACUAGACAAGAUUGGGAUGCUGCAUUUGUAUUCGUAACAUCCAGGAAAACCGGUCAAGCAACGCAUUGAGGAUGUUCGAUGUCUGAUUAAUAAGACAGUUUCAUACUGACCAGCAGUAUGCCUUUUUUCUGUUCCGUCUCCAAUGUUUAAUGUUUCAGCUCUAUUUCACUCAUGUCUCGUCAUCUUUGAUUGGACAAACAGGCAAGCUUGACUCCAGUGGGGAUCGUUCUUGUCCUAAGUUUAUUCCACACUAUUGUAUUCAUUUUUUUGUCAUCUUUCCUCUGUUCAUAUGUAACAUGUAGCUAGACCACGUUCUUAGUAGUUUUGUUGUUUGAAAACUAGAUAUGGUUUUGUGUA